CGACGACCCAAUUCGGCCUCUCAACCCCUCCUUCCCUCCUCUGCACGAUGCAGAAAGUCGUCUUCCGGCGGACGCUGAUGGCCGAGCGACAGGCCGCACGACGACUGGCCAAACGAAAGGAGGAUAAUGUCAAAACGUGGCUGAAGAACAAUAAUGAGCAAACGGCCCAAUUGAAAAGAGCCCAGAGUAUGCUCAAGAAACAAGCAAGAGUCUGGCGAAGAGAGGAUUACGAAUUGGGUCCGCUUGCGCCAAAAAGAGAUGUGGGCGACCUGAAAAACACAUAUGGAUCCAUCCCUUCAGAGUUGUCUCAAGGGCCCUCGCUAUACAAACCAGAUAGGGACGAGAAGCUGGCACCGUGGGGUGGGAGAUAUCUCAAUAUUACAACGGGAGAUAGAGUGGUACUUCUCCAAGGCCCCGACAAAGGGAAGGUGGGGAAAAUAAGCAGCAUCGAUAAAGAGAGAGCAGAAGUGGUUGUGGAUGGGCUCAAUUUGGUAUGUCCCUCUUUCUCCUUACCGGAGCCUGGUCGAGUAAUUAUAUACUAACUUUCAUAUUCUAGGCUUACAUUGCCAUACCAGAAUGGAUGUUAGGUUCUGAUGAGCUUCAAGGAAAAACCACCUUGACAAGGGAAAUACCCGUCCCAAUGAGUGCAAUACGCCUCGUCCACGCCAUCAGAACGACUGGUGAAGAUGGCAAAUCAACCCUGACAGACGUAAUCGUAAAAAAACUGAUUCACCGAGACAUUUGGCGGAGGAAGCACGGAGGCUCAACUUGGGAGCGAGUAAUUCCCGAUUUAAAUAUUGUUGUUCCAUGGCCAUCAGGACAGACGAGAGGAAGAGGGGGGUUGGAGAAACGUCCAGAAAGGAAGGACACCAUCGCCGACACCCUCCGAAUAGACGUCGAAGAGAAGACUUUCAUCCCAACUCUUUUCGAGCCACCAAUGCCACUCUCAAUAAUCGACGAGCUGCGAAACAAAUACUCGGCUUUCCGAACCCGUCAUGAAUCGGAAUACAUCCGUGAGAAGGAGGCAGAGGAGGCGGCGAAGAAAGCGAGGCUGAAGGAGGCUAAGAUAAUGAGGACACCAAAGAUGGAUGCCAACCGCAGGGCACGAGAGUUACGGAAGGCAAAGGGCAAGGGAACACUUACACCCGAGAUGUUGGAGAAGAUUGGACGGGCUAUUGCAAGUAAAAAGCAAUUGUUAUUGGAGCCAGAGGUAAAAGUAGAGAAAAAGGCGGUGCCACUCGAUGCGUAG